AUGGUCACAAUAGAGCGUUCUACUCUCGAUGUAUACAUUACCGCGUACCUGAUCUACAGCAUUUGGAAAAAUGACAGGUUCAAGUGUUUGCGACCUUCCAAAUUCUUUGCUGGCGAGCUGCGAAGCAUCAUUACGGUCAUUAUGUUUAUAAUGAUGACAACACAAGCGGUAGUUGAUUUCUAUUCAACCUACAUCAAGUACACUGAGGGGUUCAUGAUGCUGCCCACUGGGUCAAUCGUGCAAAAACCAUAUGCGUUUUGGUCACCUGAGAACCAAAAACCGAUACAGCCAAUGGACUAUCUCCAAUGUGUCACCUUUGCUUUUCACACAAGCGUGUUUUUCCUUAUGCAAUGCUUUUGGAACUACUUGUCCAAUAGCGUUGCCAAAAGAAGCUUCAUGGGUUCCUUUGAAUUCAAGUUUUAUAUCCUUUGGGCUUUAGGUAGCGUAGCCAUGUUUCCGGUUCUUCAAUGGCGUUGGAGCUAUGACGAGCUGAUGAGCGAGAUUGUACCACAGCUGGCCUAUGGCGGUGAAGUAUUGAUCACCGCAUUCCUGGGUAUUCGAUCCAACUUUCGAUUUAAGCGUAUUAUUGCUUAUUCAAUGCGUACCAAGAGCUCAACCAGCACUGCCAUUGUCAAUCGAUUGUCGUACUUUAAGGAGAUGAACAUCAUCUUAACGUGCGUCUUGUUCAUUUAUGGCGCAUGCUUUGUGAUCUUGUGUGCCGAUGGCUUGACCGAUGGCAAGACCAUUAAUACCAACAAGUUUGCAUGCGAUUUACUCAUUGCCAAUGUUAACAUGUGUAUCAUUGUGCUUUGGUUGCUCUUUAUCUCGAUUUUCCAUCCUCGUCGUAAUUUGUCAACGCCUCAAAACUCUGCCAUUUCUCGCUCGGGUCAAGAAUCCGAAUUCCAAUCGAAGAAUGAUGUUGAGUUGACCCAAAACAGCCGUCCACUAAGCCAACGUAUCACCAACUUUAUUCAAAACAACAACGUUAUCAAUGGCGGUGGUAGUGCCUAUGGCAGUGAAAAGUAUCAGCAACAAUCAUCUCCCGUAUCAUCGCAACCACAUGAUGGCUAUGGCAACGGCGUCUUUAUGCGACCCAUGUCACCGGUCAAUGUUGACUAUCCACCUUCCAUGGGAACAGAAGCUGCACCUCUUACAUCGGCAGCAGCUGCUACCUCGGUGUAUCAACGCAACAUGUCGAUUGAGGAUCCUUAUAGUAGUCAAUCGGUUGUGUUUUCAAUGGUGGAUCCACCCCCACCACCACGCCCCUCAGCACCCGAAAACCAACAGACUCGGUUCCCCACCCCCACAACUGACAUGUCGUAUCACACGACCACUGCCACGGGUGCAGUUGAAUAUCCCAUGCACAACGUUGGGUUGAGAGAUCAACAUGAUGCACGAAGCGAGUUUGAUGUAAGCGACUAUCACGAUGAUACAACCACUACACAACCUGGCAUGUCGACAACGCAUGGUGCUGCUGCUGCUGCUCGUGAACAACAACAACAGCCACCACGUAUGGUGACCGAUUGGCUAUAUCAAUCUCCUGAACGCAAGCAGUAA